ACCAGUGUGAUUAUCGAACUGAUUCGAUUAUUCACAUGUCUGAUGACCAAAUGCGACUAGUGAAAAUGAUUGUUUUGAGAUUAAUGCGCAACCAACACCCUAUCAUUUAUAAUUGCCCACUUAAUAGCUACGGAGGUAUGAUUACACACCGCCGAGCAAAGUACAUAAUCAGAAGUCUAUCAAUAUAGUUAGCUUGUUCUUACUUUCAGCAACAUUCGAGUCCAGAAUUCUGAUAACAAACUGUUCCUGUCAAUUGACACGUUUUGCAUAUUUUGAAGUCCGACAUUGACCUUGAAAAAAAUGGCAACUGAACGGUUAGACGUGAUUAUUUUCGGUGCGUCAGGCUUCACAGGCAAAUACACUGUCUAUGAGGCCGUAUCCGUACUGAAGGAUCUGAAAUGGGGUAUAGCAGGACGCAGUCGGGAGAAGCUUCAGGCGGUGUUAAAGGAGAUGGGAGCCAAGGCCAAAAAGGAUCUGUCGCAGACGCCCAUUUUUAUUGCUGAUGUCAAUGAUGAGGCUUCACUGCUUAAUAUGGCCAAGUCCUGCCGUAUCGUCGUUAAUACCACAGGUCCAUACCGAUUUUACGGCGAGAACGUAGUACGUGCCUGCAUAAACGCUGGCACCCAUCAUGUGGAUGUAAGUGGCGAACCUCAGUAUAUGGAAACGAUGCAAUUGAAGUAUAACGAGCUCGCCAAGGAGCGCGGUGUGUACGUGAUCAGCGCAUGCGGCUUUGAUUCCAUACCCGCAGACAUGGGCAUCGUGUUUGUGGAGAAGAAUUUCGAUGGCGUCGUUAAUUCCGUGGAGACAUUUUUGGUAAGUGGCGUAAAAGGCGACAGGCAAGCAUCCGAUGGCAAGGCUGGUAUCAACACUGGCACAUGGCAGAGCGCUGUUUAUGGACUGGCACACGCGAACGAGCUGCGUGGCAUACGUCAGAAACUUUACCCGGAACGACUUCCCAAAUUCUUUCCCAUCCUGAAGCAUCGCCCGUUGAUAUUCCGUUCCAAAGAAGUGAACAAAGUGUGCCUGCCUUUUCCGGGCUCGGAUCGCUCUGUGGUCAUGCGAUCACAGCGCUUUUUAUAUGAACACGACAAGAAGCGUCCAGUCCAGAUGCAUGCCUACAUUGGUUUUCCUUCAUGGCUAGCAGCCAUUGUCGUGGCUCUCUUCGCAACAUUCUUUGGUUUGAUGGCUAAAUUUGAGUUCGGCCGCAGUUUAUUACUCAAGUACCCGAGCUUACUUUCUGGUGGCUUCGUCUCACCCGAUGGCCCCAGUGAAUCUCGAAUGGAACGCACCUACUUUAAAAUGACCAUGAAAGCGACAGGCUGGCCCAGCUCGCAGCGCCUGGCCGAAGGCACAGAUCAGUACACGGACCCCCCAACAAAGACUCUUAUGGUCAGAGUUUCUGGUCCGAAUCCUGGCUAUGGUUCUACGUGUGUCGCUCUGCUCUCCACAGCAGUUACCAUCCUACGAGAGAGCAACAAAAUGCCAAGCACCGGCGGUGUACUUCCCCCCGGAGCCGCAUUUUCAAAAACCAGCCUUAUUAGCGAACUGGAGAAGCACGAGCAUGGCAUAAAGUUUGAAAUUCUGGCCAACAAAUAAAUGUUGCAAACCAAUUACAUUGCUCGCAUAUAUAUAUAUAUAUAU